AAAUAUUAUUGUAACUUUAUUUUCUUAAACUAAAACUCUCUCCUCUCGUACGUUUUAUUCUCGAUAUCCUUGAUUCUUGUACCGUGAGUGUGCAAAAUUGUUUCAAUUCAAUUCUUAGAUUCUGUAAAAGGUCGUAACAAUGGCGAGAAUUGAUUUUAGUGGGCUUGAAUCAACUGCCCCGAUUCGCGGGGAGAGUUCCGCGUUGUUUGAUAGGAUUCCCAGGGCCCCAUCUUUUCAGAUUCCAAAUAUUACAGAUUUUGAUGGAUUUCAGAAGAAAGCGAUCCAAAUGGUGAAGCCAGCUAAGGGAACCACCACUUUAGCUUUUAUUUUUAAGGAGGGUGUGAUGGUGGCAGCAGAUUCUCGUGCCAGCAUGGGAGGGUAUAUAUCAUCACAGUCUGUGAAGAAGAUAAUUGAAAUAAAUCCCUAUAUGCUUGGUACAAUGGCAGGAGGGGCAGCUGAUUGCCAGUUCUGGCACAGGAAUCUUGGUGUAAAGUGUCGUCUCCAUGAACUGGCAAAUAAAAGAAGAAUUUCAGUUGCUGGAGCUUCCAAGUUGUUGGCAAACAUUCUAUAUUCUUACCGCGGAAUGGGCUUGUCUGUUGGAACUAUGAUUGCUGGCUGGGAUGAAACGGGUCCAGGACUCUAUUACGUGGAUAGUGAAGGUGGGCGUCUAAAGGGAAACAGAUUCUCUGUGGGAUCUGGUUCUCCAUAUGCUUAUGGAGUUCUUGAUAAUGGGUACCAGUUUGAUUUGUCUGUUGAAGAAGCUGCAGAGUUGGCUAGGCGGUCUAUCUAUCAUGCAACGUUUCGUGAUGGAGCCAGUGGAGGUGUUGCCAGUGUUUACCAUGUUGGGCCAAAUGGAUGGAAGAAACUGUCAGGUGAUGAUGUUGGAGAGCUUCACUACCAUUACUACCCAGUUGAAGCAGCAUCAGUGGAGCAUGAAAUGAUCGACUGAUCCUAUUUGCUAAAUGCCUUGCUUUCAUCGCCUUAUUUUCCUGUUUAUGGGUGCGUGCACAUUUUAGUUUAGUUGAGAUGAUAUUAGUUGUGCUUCUUCGUUUUCCUUUCUUCACUAACCACAUUUUAGCUGAGAUCAUAUUAGUUGUGCUUCUUCGUUUUCCUUUCUUCACUAAGCACAUUUUAGCUGAGAUCAUAUUAGUUGUGCUUCUUCGUUUUCCUUUCUUCACUAAGCACAUUUUAGCUGAGAUCAUAUUAGUUGUGCUUCUUCGUUUUCCUUUCUUCACUAAGCACAUUUUAGCUGAGAUCAUAUUAGUUGUGCUUCUUCGUUUUCCUUUCUUCACUAAGCACAUUUUAGCUGAGAUCAUAUUAGUUGUGCUUCUUCGUUUUCCUUUCUUCACUAAGCACAUUUUAGCUGAGAUCAUAUUAGUUGUGCUUCUUCGUUUUCCUUUCUUCACUAAGCACAUUUUAGCUGAGAUCAUAUUAGUUGUGCUUCUUCGUUUUCCUUUCUUCACUAAGCACAUUUUAGCUGAGAUCAUAUUAGUUGUGCUUCUUCGUUUUCCUUUCUUCACUAAGCACAUUUUAGCUGAGAUCAUAUUAGUUGUGCUUCUUCGUUUUCCUUUCUUCACUAAGCACAUUUUAGCUGAGAUCA